UUUCCCACCAUUUGUACCGAAUAUAGAGACUCUCUCUCUCUCUCUCUAAAAUGCAAAAUCUAGAUGAUGUCUCAGGACAAGAUGACGGCGGAGACAUGCCUCCGAUCUCCGGUCUCAGAGACUUUUUCCGGCGGUUCGCCGCCGAGUCUAGGAAGCUGUGGUGGCUGGCGGUUCCGGCGAUCUCCACGUCCAUAUGCCAAUACUCUCUAGGCGCAGUCACUCAGGUCCUCGCCGGUCACGUCAGCACGCUGGCCCUCGCCGCCGUCUCCGUCGAGAACUCCGUCAUCGCCGGCUUCUCCUUGGGCGUCUUGCUUGGGAUGGGGAGUGCAUUGGAAACUCUGUGCGGGCAGGCGUACGGAGCAGGGCAAGUGGAGAUGAUGGGAAUCUAUCUGCAAAGGUCUUGGAUAAUCCUCUUCACCAGUGCCCUCCUCCUUUCCCUUUAUUACGUAUUUGCCACUCCCCUCCUGAGGCUCAUCGGUCAGACGCCGGCGAUUUCCUCCGCCGCCGGUAAGCUGUCGCUGUGGAUGAUCCCUCAGCUCUUCGCCUACGCCCUCAACUUCCCCACCGCCAAAUUCUUGCAGGCGCAGAGCAAGGUGAUGGUAAUGGCGGUGAUUUCGGCGGUGGCUCUGCCACUGCACGGCGUACUGAGCUGGUGGAUGAUGCUGAAGUUGCGAUGGGGGAUGGCUGGUGGGGCCGCCGUGCUGAACGUGUCGUGGUGGCUCGUACAGGUGGCUCAGAUCGUUUACAUAGCCACAGGGGCUUGUGGCCGCGCGUGGUCGGGUUUCUCCCGAAAGGCGUUCAAGAAUCUCCGAGGCUUUGCGAGGCUAUCGAUCGCAUCUGCUGUCAUGAUCUGUCUGGAAGUGUGGUAUUUCAUGGCGCUUAUACUCUUUGCCGGUUACCUGAAGAAUGCUCAAGUCUCUGUCGCCGCUCUUUCUAUAUGCAUGAACAUACUUGGAUGGAUGGUCAUGGUGGCCUUCGGAAUCAAUGCUGCUGUCAGUGUAAGAGUGUCGAAUGAGCUCGGGGCAGGACACCCGAAAAGGGCGAAAUUCUCACUGAUAGUGGCGACGAUAACAUCCACGGCCAUUGGAACUGCGAUCUCAAUGACUCUGAUUGCGUUACGGGAUUGGUACCCCGAGCUGUUCUCGAAUGAUGAAGAGGUCAGAACCGUCGUGAAACAGCUGACACCAUUGCUAGCUCUAUGCAUCAUCAUAAACAACAUUCAGCCCGUUCUUUCAGGUGUGGCUGUCGGGGCUGGAUGGCAAGGGGUCAUAGCCUACGUGAACAUUGGGUGUUACUAUAUCUUCGGCGUGCCCUUAGGACUCGUGCUCGGUUACAAGCUCAAAUUCGGGGUGAAGGGGAUUUGGUGCGGAAUGCUGACAGGAACGGUUGUUCAGAUCUGUGUUCUGAGCGGGAUAAUCUACAAGACAAGCUGGAACAAAGAGGCUUCAUUGGCUGAGGCUCGAAUAAGGAAAUGGGGAGGUGAAAAAGAUCGCGAGGAAAACGAAGCGGAAAUGCAAGAAAAAGUCCCUUGAAACUGCAUAUGAUUGUAGACAGAAUAAUCAUAGAAACUAGUACGAGUAUAAACAAUAAACAACGGCGUGAUUAUAAUAUUCAGAUGGUGAAAACAAUCAUGUGUAAAAGCAGACCGCUGAUGGUAUAAAUCUAGCCAUCUCAAUUGAAUCAA